AUAACCCUCCACAUUUGACAGCUUGUCAUGUAAUGUCCAGCGACAUGAUGACUUCCCCGGUUGUCUCUGGGCUUUCUAUCUUUGCGCUGCUGAUUGUGGACAUUUGCUGCUUUCCUUAUAACCAAGGCUCAAAUCCCAGCGCUUCCCAUGUCAGCAGUUACUCACAAGCUGCUCCUGCUGUAAAUGCAAACCAGGGAGAUCAGUCUGUAGUUUGGCCUCUCAAAGCGCCUUCUAAAGCUGUCAUCAUACGACAUAAUCCAACUCAACCACAUGUGGGGCCCGGCAUCUCUCAGCCUACUGCUCAAAGAGGACCGGCACCGUCCGUUGCCCUCAGUUCUUCUUCUGGGCCCAUCUCCUCAGGCUUCAGGGACCCUUCAGUGAGGAAACUCCCCCUCAGCUCUGCACAACCAGGAGCUGCUUUUCAACCUGGUCCUGAAAGAAUCCACAUGGCUCCUCCCAAUCCUAACUCUGGAGGUGUGGCAAUGUCGUCUGGCAUCCGUGACGUUGCUUCCAGUUUCCCUGAGGCAGUGAGUCCAAUUCAGCCACCAACUGAAUCACAGUACAAAGCGGGAGAGCUCUCCCAGUUUGAUAGAAGCUUUGACUAUGGCAACAACGAGAUGGAGACUGAGCAACGCGGCAGUCUGCCUCCACCACCCUUCUUUGGUCCAGCGUCUGCUGGACAAGGUUUUGCAGGACCACUUCAGCCGAACACCAACAUCGGUUUAGGAUUUGACUUCUUUCCUUCCCCUUACUACGACUACAUGUUCCUGACUGGCCAGUAUCCUCCAGGCACCUUCAGUCAUACCAGCAGCAGCUAUAAUCAGGGGAGGGACUACUACGAAGACAUUCAGUAUGAGAGACCCGGUCGUGAGCAGCCGAUGGCGCCAGUUGCUGACUUUCAAUCCCCCCAGAGCAUCAAGGGUCCCAAUCCUCGGAUGGCUGGUUACAGACGGGUUGGUGGAAAGGCCAAACCUGAUUCUUCCCACGGAGGCUACAGGAUGCCAGUUGGUAGCCAAGCUGGUGGGCGCAACAAAGUUAAGGUGGGGAUGCCUUCAGUGUACAAAGCCUUUUGAAUGCAAUAAAAGUUUUAAGAUGUCAA